AAAUUGCACCCUUGUAGUAUCUCGGAAGUUGGACGGUCGAGCUGAGGUGGUCGUUUACAUCCGUUAAAAUACAGAUAAACGACGACGAAUUUCCGCAACCCCCUUACAAAUUUGCUGCUUCGGUGCAUCACCGGAAGAACCGCUGAAGCAUAAUGUUGGAGUGUGGCAUGCUGGAGAGGGACAGACGAACUCUGCGGAAGCGAUCUGCUGCUUUGGUUAAGCAGCUGGUGGUGGAUGAGUUACUGGUGCAAUUUCUGCUGGAGGACAACAUCCUCACGGACAGCAUGGCUGAAGGCAUUCUGGCUGAGCAAACGUCCCAUAAGCGAAGCUGGCGUCUGCUGUUUCUCCUUCCCAAGCGAGGUCCUCGAGCCUUCAGCAGCUUCUGCUCAGCACUGAGAGAAACCGAGCAGCGGCACCUGUGCGAGCUGCUCUCACAGUCGCAGGACACUCAAGUGAGUGAGCGUUUAAUAAGGCAAUCAGUCACACACUCACGCGCUAAUUGUUACGCCUUUUAUGGACAUAAUUUUCAGCUUGAGGAGGAGUCUGAAGGACGGACAGCUCGGCAGAUAAUGCAGACAUCAGAGAGGAGGAGAGAAAUGUAUAAUGACUCCUCUCGACCACUUUCCACGGAAGAAGAAAUUGCAGCCAAACGAGCAAGGACACAUGAGUCUAUGGAGUACAGCCUGGAUGCAGACAGUCCAAUCGCCUCUCCCAUUCUUCCUUGCACACAUGACCUCUACCUCUCUCAAUGCCUAAAGUCCUAUACAAUGACUUCUUCCCCACGUGGUUUUGCCCUGGUCAUCAGCAAUGUGAAGUUUGACCCACACGCCGCGCCUGACCUCGACAUCAGGAACGGAGGCGAGGUAGAUGAAAAGGUGCUCAGGAAACUUUUCACAGACCUAGACUACGUGGUGACGGACCACAGGAACCUGACAGCCGAGCAAAUGAGAAGUUGCAUCGACACCUUCCGCAGGCGUCCAGAACACAGGAAUGUGGACAGCAGCGUGGUUUGUCUGCUCUCACACGGCGUGGAUGGAGCCGUGUACGGCACAGAUGGCCAACUCCUGCAGCUGGAGUCAGUGUUUGAGGCUUUCGAUAAUGUGCGCUGCCCCCUGCUACAGAACAAACCAAAGAUGUUUUUUGUGCAGGCCUGCAGAGGAGUGGAGAUGGACUGCGGAGUGGAGCAGGUGGAUGGGCCAGGUAGGAUCAGCUCACCCAGCUGUGAACAGCGGGAUGCUGGGCGAGAAGGUCCCGGGGACGCCGGUGCCAGACAGGGAGGACGCCAAGAACUGGCCAGGAUUAAGCUGCCCCAGCGGUCUGACAUGAUCUGUGGCUUUGCCUCUCUCAAAGGUCAGAGAAUUUGCACGGCAGCCAUGCGCAACACCAAGCGAGGAUCCUGGUUUAUCCAGGAGCUCGACUCGGCCUUCCGCCGCCAUGCCAGAGACACACACGUGGCAGAUAUCCUAGUGCAGAUCAACGGGCGGAUCAAAGAGCGUGAGGGUUACGCCCCUGGCACACCUUACCAUCGCUGCAAAGAGAUGUCCGAGUUCACCAGCUCGCUAUGCAAAGAUCUCUUCCUUUUCCCAAAAUAUCAGCCCCACUCAUAAUGCACUUCCACACUCACCAUUCCUACCAGUGUGUUCACACGUUCCCUCAUUCCAAGCGUAUUACUGCCACACACUCCAGCAUUCCAAAGCUGACACACACACACACACGCUGGCAUCCAAACAUUUAUUCAUUCACAUUUUCUAUGUUAAUACUGCCUCAGCAAAACUCCAUACGCACUCAGAAGUCGAAGGGGAGCUUAUGCUAAUCGACAUGUACAACAUCCUGGUGUACAAUUCAUCAGUGUGUGGAGCGUGUUAAUCCCUCGCAUGAGUAUAAUUGUAAAAUGUAUUUUUUACACAGAUCUAUUUUUGUUUCUUUUUGUACGGAGUUCAUUGUUCAGGAUUUUGUGAAAUAAUGCCUGCGUUUUAAUGUGUUUGUUCAGCUGUACCGUCAAGCUGUCAUGAUGCAGUGCAGUAAGAGGCAGGGGGCGGCAUUGAGCAGUCAGGUUAGUGCAGCAAGUUUUUCCCUCCAAAAUAGGAAGCACUUCAGCAUUCCAAAAUGUGUUCUCUACUCUGAUGACAGUGUCACUUUUAGUCAGUUUAAUCCCUCUGACAUGCCUUGAAUUGCAAGAUGAUGUUUCUGUGUUUUUGUAAAUAUUUAGUUUUAAAACGUAAAUGUCAGGGGAAUGUGUGGUGCUACUCGUUGGGCCUUACACCUACAGUGUGAACUUUGAUCUUUACGCUCACUCUGACACUUAAUCACGCGCUUCUCUGAGGGGGGUGCUACGAAUUUAGUGACACGUCCACUCAACCCUCUGUUUGCUUUUUCGUUUUUUUCAUUGUAUGACGUAUAGUGACAAAUGUUCAUCUCAAGUCUUCCUGGAAGUUUUGAAAGAAAAUAUGCAAGUUGAAGUAUGAUAAUAAUUAUUUUAAGUUUAUUGAUCCCCACCCUCGAUUCAAGCAUACAGCAUUUCUCAUUGCUGCUAUUGAUGUUUCCUAGAAAACCCAAAAGGGCAACAUGUGUUUGGUUACAGUGUUGUGGAGGAAGAUAGUAUAUGUUGGAACUGAAGCAGUAUUGAUUGGUGACAGGAGAUGCUUUUAAAGGGGUGCGUUCAUCUGUUGAGCCCUCUUGAGUAUUUGUUUUAAUGAUAGGAAAGGAAUGGUGAAGAGGUGACCGCACAGAGAGGAUGUCGAGGUGAUUUGCUGCCAGUCUUGUGUGGGAGGGGGGGGGGGUUGUUAUUCCUGUCAUCACCAACGACUGCCAAAUCUUCCUAACAAUAAACAAGCUGAUGUUUGUUAAAAAAUGUUUUGUUUUUUUUAAACGGCACUCGUUCUACUUGGUGUGUGAGUUCCACUACGUGUAAUAAUAAAGCUAUAGU